AUGCUCGAUUCGAAGACUCGAAAUAUUGGAAUGGAAAUCGAAAGCGGGCCGGGCCGGCCGCUAAACCGGGCCGUUGUGAUCACCAGGCUCAGCAAGCAGGGAAUACAGUUCACCAAAAGACCUGAGGCCUACGGAUGGUCUGUGUAUUUAUCCCCUCGACACAUGGUUUGUUACGACAACCAGUCUCAGGCCUACAAGUCGGUCAUUAUUGACUACUUUUCGUCUGGAUUACGAGCAGUGGUGAACACCCGGGAGCCUCGAGCUUACAGCUUGUGUCUCGCUUGGUGCAUCCACCCACCGAAACAGAUGCGAGUACACGCACAGAGUCACCGACACCCAAUAUACCUGCGUAAGGGUAUAUUCUUUGACACUCCCCAGCCACAGAGAUCGGGAGUCCGACCUGCAUCCCUGCUGAGCCCAACUAUGCCCAAUGUUAAGGCCUAG